AAAGAAAAGUACAUACCUUUACCCUAACAAUUCAAUGUUAUCGAAUAUUUUCGAAUAUUAUCACAACUCGCAUCUCUUAUACUGACUGGGAAGUCACUUGAAAUGGAAGUGAGACUACUACAUAUGUAAGGUAGGUAUACCCAAGUACUAUCUAGGUAUAGGCAGUUACUACAUACUAUAUGUAGGAAUUACUACUUCGUAUGUAUUGGCAUUAAGUGAGUUAACAGGACCACCAUACAUACCAUCACAUGAAAACGUGAGAAAUACCGUGAGAGGUAUUCUGGUGCUGCACGAAGCAGUCCAUACGUAGUACCUAUUGAAUACUUGGUAGCAUUCACUACCGAUACAUUGGUACAUAGUAUCUUACAAUGGCUGAUCUAAACGAUGUAAAUACGGUCUUUCUGGCUGAGAAAGAAGUGGAACGUAUUGAGAAUAUCGUCAAGGCUAGGUUAGAAAAAUGUUCAGAAAUUGGGGGCCAGCCUCGGGAACCAAGAGAUUCGAAAGAUGCCAUCAGACAGGCAACUGGUGCAUCGCUCAUGGCAGACAUGGGUGGAGCAGACCCUGACUCAACCGAGACUAAUGGCCGAGGGGGUGCAAUCCCAGCACUUACCAUAGGGCAGCCAUAUCCGCCAUGCACCCUCCCCCUUAAAGACCUACAGCCCAUCAAGCUCGCUGAUCUUCAAGCCGACACUCACCAUCGUGGCUGUCAACUCACUAUCAAACGAGUAAGCCCAGUGGUGACGCUUGUGUCCAGGUCUUGGACUAUGGUACAAGAAGAAGGGGAUGAUGAUACAGAACGAUUAGAAGUGUGCUUGCACAAAACAAGACACGGCAAAGACGUAUUAGAAUCAGCUCGCAAUUUUGUGAUAAAGGAGCCUUACUUUACCAUCACCAGUCAAGGAGAACCUACCAUUCGCAUUGAUCAUCCUUCAGAUUUGAUUAUUCUAGACGGGGAUCUCAAAGGUAGUCAAGGCUCAGCCACUCAAACGUAUGGCCCAUUCGAGGACUUGGCAGAGGCGGCAGAGGAAGCGGAGAAGAUUGCGAAGAAGUGCAAGGACGAGGGUAAUGUUGCCCUGGAACAACAGAAUCUACCCCUAGCCUUCGCAAAAUUUACUAAAGGUCUAUGUCUUGCGAGAUAUGAGGAUGUGUUCAAAACGAAUCCAGACUUGGCUCGGGACCUGGCUCGCAAUCGAGCUUACGUCAAUCUCCUUUUGAACCAACUAGACGAAGCACAAGUCGAUGCAAAAGCAGCGCUUAUAGGCAAGGAAGACCAACGGUCGAAGGAACUCGACAGUAAGGCCUAUUUCCGAGCUGGCAGUGCUGCAUAUAACCUUGGCCAAUACCAAGAAGCAAAAGCCUGCUUCGAACAGCAGCAGGAGCUCACGCCGGACAACAAAACUGCGAGUGCUUAUUUGAAGAAUAUUGAAGUACGCCUUCGUGAGCAAGAGACUGGAGCAUACAACUUUAAGCGGAUCAACCUCGGCUUAUCCAGGUCUCGACCGCGUGUCGACGCUGCAAGCUUCAUUGGAAACACGACGGUUAAAUCGAGCGGAGAAAAAGGCCGUGGCUUAUUUGCAACCCGGGAUAUACCUGCCGGGGAGAUAGUCAUGUGUGAGAAGGCAUUCUGUGUGGUUUGGGGUUACGAGAGCGAUGCGUUAACAGCGAUGACAUACGACGUUCGGGAUGAUAGGAUUAGAGUCUCGCCCGUCGGAUUAAGCAGAGCGAUUGUACAAAAGCUUCUCAACAACCCCUCCCAGAUAGGCAGAGUGAUGAGUCUAUACGGAGACUAUCAAGGAGAGGGUAACAACGUGACCAAAACCGACGAUGGCACGAUCGUCGAUACCUUCCGCAUACAUGACAUUGUGUCUCGCAAUGCCUUUGGUCCGGGAAUCCAGUUUGGAGAAGAAAGGUUAAAUAAUGCGAGCACUGGCCUGUGGAUCUGGGCUGCCUACAUCAACCACUCCUGUGUCUCCAAUGUUAAGAAAGAAUACAUGGGCGACUUGAUGAUUCUCCGCGCCACCAGACCUAUCACCGCUGGCGAGGAGAUCUUCCACAGCUACGACGAAUCAAGCGACUACGACGACAGACAGUCAGCCCUGAUGAUUACGUGGGGGUUCGAAUGCGAGUGCGCGCUCUGCGUCGUGGAAAAGGCCGACGACCCGGCGGUGAGAAAGAAGCGGCGCGGGCUGGUGGACGAGGUGAACGACUUCGUGCUGAGAGAGCACUGGACUAAUGCCAAAAGGCUCACGAUCUCGAGGGCGAGACGGCUCGUCAAGGCGAUUGAGGAUACAUACGAUGAGGAAAAAUACAAGGGCCUGCCGCGUAUGGCGACACUUAGGAUCAAGGAAUGGCUUGAUUUGGCGACCGCGAACCAGAAACGAUAGGUUUAGUCUUUGGUACGGGAUGAAAUCAGUUGCUAUAGUAUGAGUGGUAUGAGUGGUAUGAGCGUAUUGAUAGCGAGCCUCUUCUCUGGUGGACCACUACCAGUAGUACUAGAUAGAGUAGAUACUAUUAUGCAGUAGACUUUAGGAAUAUCAAGGGCACCUUGAGGGUCAUAGAAGAGCGUUAGAGCACUGGAAGAGCUAUAAC